UUAAUAGCUUUUGAGAAUAUAAAAACAGCUGCCAAGCUGAGUCGCAGCUCAGUUCUUGAAAAUGUUGACAGCGCCAGUUGGAAUAAAUUACUUUGCACUCACUACAGGGCUCAUACUCUAUUUUGUGUAUCCAUUAUUCGCCGCGAGCCUCGAUCUUAGUGAGUCCAAGGCGUGCGUUGAGGGGACUGUUGUGUCCUAUCCCCAAGACUGCUCUAGGUAUUUUCAAUGCCUCAACGGGAGGAUUCUAACACAAAGCUGCCCCACGGAAAGCUAUUUUGAUCCAGCGUGGGAGGUGUGUGUCAUCGAUUUGACUGGCAUUUGUGGGGCAGCAGCUACACAAUGUACGGAAAGUCAGAUUGAUGUGAUUCCUGGAAAUAGUUGCGGCUACGCCCUAUGCGUUAAUGGCCGAUUUAAGGAGGUAAAGUGUCAACUGGGCAGCUACUUUAAUCCCACUCAAAAGAUCUGUGAGAUCGACGAAUACGGAAUAUGUUCAGUUCCUUUUGGAAAAUGUGUGGAGGGUGAACUAGAGGAGGAUCCCAAGGACUGCGCUGGGUAUUUCAGAUGUGUGGAUGGAAACAUUACUGAACAGAAGUGUGCGAAGGGAAGUUUCUUCAAUGCUGACUUGAAGAUCUGCGAGAUUGAUGAGAACUGGAUUUGUGUUCCUACGGACGAGAAGUGUGAGGAAGGUUCCUUAAAAGAGGAUCCUGAGGAUUGUGCUGGUUACCUGAAAUGUGUUAAAGGAAACCUUAUUGAAGAAAAGUGUGCCAAAGGCAGCUUCUUCAAUGCUGAUCUAAAGAUAUGCGAGAUCGAUGAGAACGGGAUUUGUGUUCCUAAAGACGAGAAGUGUGUGGAAGGUUCCAUAAAAGAGGAUCCUGAGAAUUGUGCUGGGUAUCUGAAAUGCGUUAAUGAAAGGUUCGUCGAAGAGCAGUGUGCCAAAGGUAGCUUCUUCAAUACGGACUUGAAGAUCUGCGAGAUCGAUGAGGACGGAAUUUGUAUAUCUAAAAAAGCGAAAUGCACGGAAGGUUCUUUAGAAGAGGAUCCUGACGAUUGCUCUGGGUAUCUCAGAUGUGUGAAUGGCCGUCUGAUCGAAGAGAAGUGUGCCAAAGGCAGCCUCUUCAAUGCUGACUUGAAGAUCUGCGAGAUCGAUGAGGACGGGAUUUGUAAUCCGAAGGACGUGAAGUGUACGGACGGUUCUUUAGAAGAGGAUCCUAAAGAUUGUGCUGGUUAUCUUAAAUGCGUUAAAGGAAACUUUAUUGAAGAGAAGUGUGCGAAGGGUAGUUUCUUCAAUAUCGACAUAAAGAUCUGCGAGAUUGAUGAGAAUGGGAUUUGCGUUCCUUCGGACGAGAAGUGUGAGGAAGGUUCUUUAGAAGAAGAUCCAGAGGAUUGUGCUGGUUACCUGAAAUGUGUUAAAGGAAACCUUAUUGAAGAAAGGUGUGCUAAAGGCAGCUUCUUCAAUGCUGACCUAAAGAUAUGCGAGAUCGAUGAUAACGGGAUUUGUAUUCCUAAGGACGACAAGUGUACGGAAGGUUCUUUAGAAGAGGAUCCUGAGGAUUGUGCUGGGUAUCUGAAAUGCGUUAAUGAAAGGUUCGUCGAAGAGAAGUGUGCCAAGGGCAGCUUUUUCAAUACUGACCUAAAGAUCUGCGAGAUUGAUGCGAGUGGAUUUUGUAUUCGUAUGCGGGAUAAAUGCUUUGAGAAUGAGGUUGAAGCGAACCCCGAAAAUAAAUGUGGAUACCUAAGGUGUGCCAAUGGGAACUUUGAGGAAUUCAUUUGCGCUGGUGGUAGGUAUUACAAUUCGACUUUAGAAACCUGUGUGCUCGAUGAGAAUGGAGUCUGCGCUGGAGCUGGGCAAUGUGAAAAUAAUGAGCUAAGAAUCGAUCCGGACGACUGUGCUGGCUACUUGCAGUGUAUCGAUGGGAAACUGGUUAAACGGCUCUGCUCUCAUGGCAGCUACUAUCACAGAACGAUGCUCAGCUGCGUCGUGGAUGACGAUGGUGUAUGCACUCCGCUGUCGGAUCGUUGUGAGGAAGGGGAACGGGAGACUGACCCUGACGACUGUGCCUCCUAUCUGGAGUGCGUCGAUGGAGACUUCGUGCCACAGAAUUGUGUCAGUGGCAGCUACUUCGAUGCGGGCAUUAAAGACUGCCUGGUGGACGAGUAUGGGGUCUGCAUAGCUUAGAUGAAACUAUUCUGUAGCCUUAAACUAUAAAUUCUAUUAAAUAAAUAAUAUAUUGCCUAAGCAGAUUAUUCAUACACGCACACACAGCAGUCCUAAGCGCGUC